CGUCGAGCCCAAAGCGGAAGUGAUCACUUCUCUAUUUUGUUGCAGCUGUGCUGAAGCAGAGGAGGAUGUAGAAACCGAGAGAUAACGCUCCUUUUCCGCCUUCUUUAAAAGCAAAACCCGACUUUUAUGAGCAGAUAAAGCCUCAGACACAACCGACGAUAUGAAUUUAGCGACAUACGUGUCGUUUUUCUCGAUAAUCUCGACGGCAGCAGCAAAGAGUGGAGGAGACGAUGACUGGGUCCAUCUUCCCAACAAAUGUGAAGUGUGUAAGUUUGUCAGCAUCGAGAUGAAGUCGGCGUUCGACGAGACGGGGAAAACCAAGGAGGUCAUUGACAGGAACUACCGCUUCAUAGACAGCAAGGGGGCGCCGCCAAUCAAAUAUGUCAAGUCAGACCUGCGAUUCAUCGAGGUUGUUGAAAAUGUGUGUCAGAGGCUGUUAGAGUACAAUCUGCACAAGGAGAGGACUGGAAGUAACCGCUUCGCCAAGGGCAUGUCAGAGACCUUCUCCACCCUUCAUGGUUUGGUGAAUAAAGGAGUGAACGUGGUGAUGGAUAUUCCCUACGAGCUGUGGAACGAGACUUCGGCAGAAGUGGCCGACCUUAAAAAACAGUGCGAUACGUUGAUAGAGAAAUAUGAGGACGUGAUUGAGGACUGGUACAAAGGAAGCCAGGAGGAAGACCUGACCACUUACUUAUGUGAGAAACAUGUUCUCAAAGGACAGGACAUGGCCUGCCUGAAUGAGGAGUGGGCCUCAAAGAAGAAGGGAGACCAGGCAGCCAUCGCAGAGGACAAGAAGAAGAAGAAAAAGAAGAAGGGGGGGAAGAAGGGAGAGGGCGGAGACGGCGGCUCGGAGGGCGAGAAGGCGACCAAGAAGAAGAAGGAAAAGAAGGUGAAGAAGAAGAAAAAGAGCAAAGCUCCGGCGGAGAAGAUGGACGGAGGGGCAUCAUCGGAUGAGGAGAUCCAGCCACAGAUGCCUCUGUCCGGGCAGAAGACAGAGCUGUGACGCACCCUGGCUCCUCUCUGAACCUGGAUCAGCUCUCCGGUUCAAAACUUAGUAAAAGCAGUCUGCAGCUUCUCGAAACAUCUGGUUCAAGUCACUGAUUUUGCUAAAUGAGAUCUUGUACUGUUACACAUGGUUUUAAAGUGUCUGAAACAUGUUGCAGUUCCUGGGUGUGUGAGAAAUCGGCCGUAUCAUCAACAUUUAUCAACAGUGAUCCAAACUGUAGCAUUUUAAAGGUCUGCUUUGAUUUACUUUUUAAUCUUUGCUUAAAAGGAGCACUUCUGCAAAAUGACCAUCUGUAUGUCAGUUACUCCCCCUGUGUAACGUUGACUUCGUAAAGGAAACUUUGUUUGUCUCGCAUGUCUCUACGGUGAUCAAAGAAUCCAAAAACAGCAAACAUUCUCGAUAAAUUUAAGUCAUAGGAGACUACGUUUAAAAAUAGCAAUAUUCUGUUAAAUCAUCUGUGUCCAAGAAGUUUAGGACUAGAUGUUACAAUCCCUUGAUGAACAUACUUCAAACUAUGAGUCAGAGUAAUAGUGCCACCUGAGGGUCCAAGUGGGAGCCAAAGGCCAAAAGACAUGGCAAAGGUAGAUAGAAAGAUAAGAAGGAGCAUAGGGAAGGAAGAGCCAAGGAGAGAUGUCUGAGGGGACUGGACUGUCCCUUGCCGGACAAGGCCAUACACUCUACCUCCCCCACUCUCUCUUUUUGAUGCGGGAAAAGAAAAACUUACCUAACUUAAAUAGAGGUGGACUUUAACUGGGCAAUUGUUGUUGCACAUAGUUGCGAUUGUGAGUGAAAGUUGGAGCCAUGCUAGAGGAGAUGGUCGAGGUUUAGGGAGGGUAAAAGCUUCAUAGGGGUCAUCAGGUGGGUACCGUCCUUCACUGCUGUUUCGAUGAUGGACCCACGACACCUCCAGAGGGCUAAUUGGCAAAACCUGGCACCCCCCCACCCCCCCGCUUUUACUCUCUCAAACCCUGCUGUUGGUGGUAUUUCGAGGCCCAAGUGGCGUCUCUCCUCUUAAUCCAUAGCCAGAGAGGGCUUUGAUGGCCUGACGAUGGGCUUGGUCUAGAAUUCCCAAUUCUUUAAGCAGCCUGGUAGUUGACUUGCCUAUGAAGCCUCUGCAGCCCACUUCAACUGGGCAAACCUUCGUUUUCCAGCUGAGCUGCUCAGCGUCAGCCGCCAGCUUCCCAGCCAACAUUUGUAUGUGGGGCCCACAUUUGCUGUAAAUGGAUGUGACGCUCUAUGUGGGAUUGUCGACCCUGGUCUCACUCGAAGUCAUCAAAAUCAGGCGCUUGGACAGUGGCUUGUGGUGUCAGAAACCAACGAAAAAAGGCGUCCUUUAACAUCGGCAUGAUAUGCGGCUGGUUGCUUUAAAGUUUAACGGCGCUCGGUGGCAUCAGGGAGAAACGCAGCAAGACAAGGACAAAAGUUAAGGCGGUGAAAGUCCAACUGGGGCAGGCAGGAGGGGUGCUGGAUGGGUCCAACAAACACCAACUUUCACUGGUGAGAGUUUGCGUCUUGUGAGAUCCUAAAGUCGAACCCCGUUCUUUUUCCUAACCCAACCAUGUGUUUUUGUUGUUGAAGGGGGAAAAAAAACGUCAGUUCACAGUGUUGUACCGACGCAGUGCCUUUAUUUUGAAAGAGACUGUAUUUAAAUGUUAAAUUUCCUGUGAAAACAGAAGUGUAUUUUGAAAGAAGACAAUGCAUGUGACAGACAGAACUUGAAACGGCAUAUCCAGGGUACCUUACACGUCAUAAGGUUCACCAUUGGCCCUAUGCCAGUUGCCCACAUGGGUGGGUUUACCCAAGUGGGCUCCUUUAUGGCCCAUACCCACUUGGUACCCAGGUAGCCCUGGCAUAACCUAUGUGGGGCCCACUUGAUUCAACCAAAUUAUGUGGGCAACUGGCAUGAGGCCAUUAUGGAACCUGUUGACAAUCCUAUAUAGGGUCAGUUUUUUAGCCCAUUUACUACCCACAUGGGCACCACAUACAAAUUUUUGGAUCCUCCGUCCACCAUUGAGGCACGCAAGUAAACCAAAGUUUUCUCCAUGAAUUCAAGGUAACGCAGUGAGUAGCUGUAAACAAACGGUCAUUUUGCAGUUCAAGUUUUCAUUUAAGAGAUAACAUACUCUCCAGGUUAAUUGCCAAGAUCUGGGUGCGUGUUGACAUCAAAUUAAGUCCACAGGAUAAGAAACAGGAGCAGUCAGACAGACAGAUCAUAAACAGACUUGCACAAACCUGUAAUUAAAGUCAACCAAAUAAUCAGUUACAGAAAAUUGUAAUGCUGAUAUGAUAAGUCAAUCAUUCGAUUAACAGCUUAAGAGGUAACAAUUUCGGAAUCUGAAAGUGGAUUAACCUUUUUUUUGUUAUGCAGAAAUUAACAUCUGUAUUUCUCUGGUUUAUAUGAUUGUAAAUUGAAUAUUUUUAGCUUUUGGACUGUUGGUCUGACAAAAAAAGAAUCUGAAGAUAUCACAUUGGGCUCUGGGAACUUGCGAUUUUCACCAUUUAUUGACAUUUUAUCAACUAAAUAAUUUAUUGAUUUAGAAGAAAAGUAUCAGCUGCAGCUCUGAAAAACACCAACCACUAACUUCUGUGAGACAGUGUUAACAGCCUGCCGCCAGCAUCCAGUUCAAACCUGUGAUCAGUUUGCUGAGAUGAUUUUGGAGAACUCGAUCCUCCGAGCUCCACAUCUAACGCGGACUUUAAUUUUUCUGUCUUUCUCUCUGAGUUGAAUGUAGACUAGCAGCGAGGCUUCCUCUCUGUAUCUCCUCGUAAUGUUACUGCUGUUUUUAAAACUCUUGUAUUUACUGAAAUAUUCAUUCCAUCUGGAAACAGGGACUUUUAAAUAAUUUGUUUUAAGUUAAUUUAUUUUUUAAGGACCUUAUUGAAAAGCUCGGAUUGAGUUUCCUGAGACAGUCACCACGCUACUGGUGUAUAAAACAAAUUUAUUCACAUGGAGAAUUGAUUUUCCUUCCAAAAUUUUUAAUAUUGUAAUAUUUAAAAAUGGAAGAAACUGACCUUUAAUCCAUCUCAAGUGAAGCACGACAGAUUACUGCGUUUUCUUGUUCCCUUGUUUUUGUUUGUUCAUGCAGAAAUGUGAUCUUGAGGUCUCAGAUUCAGUGACAUUCCCCUUUAAUGAGUAAAUACAACGUGAGGUACGUUUUUUAAUGUAGGUGAUUUGUGUUUCUGUAAUAGUUUGAUUUCCAUUAAUUAUUUUGUCUUUGCUUGUUUUUGCUGCACAACAGCUGCUAUUUAAGGUGUGUAUGUGUGAGUUUGUCGACUUCCAAGCUGACGAUGAAGGUUUGUGUGUGUGUGUGUGUGUGUGUGUGUGUGUGUGUGUGUUUUUCAAAUGUGUGUGUGUUUUUACAGAUUUCUAUUCUGAAGUAAAAUCCUGGCUGUGUUGUAUCUGAGUCGCUUUAUGAAACCAUGAGCAGACACAUCAGUGGAUCAAUAAACACAGGUUGAACACUC